AUGAAGACGACGAUGAAAUAUACCAAUAAAGAUUUCGAGCUAUCGUUAUGGCAAUGCUUCGCAGUUAUUCUUAUAGCCAUAGCCUGUCUAUUCGCUAUAACACCAUUGGUCGUUCGAAAUCGAUCGAAUAAAUGUGUUAUCGUUCAAGUAGAAGAUUCAAUUAAACCUCAGUCUCAAAAUGUCGAGGCUUCAUCGGAUAAUCAUAGAAGAUAUGGUCGGGACGUUAGUUCUAAUGAUCAAUGUAGUAUUAUUCCACCAAUGUGUAAUGUUCAAACAACAAUGACUACAAAAACAACUAGAACUCCUGUUCCUACUGUAUCGGUAACACGACCAGUUAUCACUAGUUUUUCUACAUCACCUCGACCAACUACAAUAGAUCCAUGGGCUAAUAUUUCUCGACCUUAUAACUCAUGGCGUUUACCAAGCUUUGCAAAACCAAUUGAUUAUAAAUUACAUAUUUCUUGCCCGCAUUGUUUUACAUGGAUAGACGAGUUACCUGUAACUUUUUUCUAUGGAAAAUUAUCGAUUCGUAUUGAUGUUACAAAUGCAACAGAUUUUCUUGUACUUCAUGCUAAAAAUCUCAAUAUAACAGAAGCAAAAUUAACAAGUGGUGGUGGAGGCAUGGCAACAGUUACAUAUUUACCAGAUCAUGAAAUGGUGUACCUAGGUUUUGUCGCGUCACCUAUUGCUGUUGGUGAAGUUACUCUUGAAAUCGAUUACAGAGGAGUGUUGAACGAACGAGAUAAUACUGGAUUUUAUCGUGAAUUCUUCUGGAAAGCUAUUGGUGAAUUAAGCUAUUUAUUAGCUGGCAAUUUUCAACCAAUAUAUGCACGAAAAGCUUUUCCAUGUUUUGAUGAACCAAAUAUGCAAGCAACAUUUUCAUUAACACUUGAACAUUCAGAAAAUGAAACUAUUGCAUUAUCAAAUACUGCUGCCUCGUCACAAAAUGACUCAACGACCACAUUUACAGCAACACCAUAUCUUAGUACGCAAUCAUUUUCGUGGGCUCUUUUACCUAAAGAUGAAUUUAAUUCAGUAACAAAAACUAUUGGUGCUACCGAAGUUAAUAUUUGGAUUCGACCAGAAUUACUUGGUCCAUCGAAUGAAAAUUUAACCCCAACAUUUGACGUGAUUGACAAGACUUUCACAUUUUUGAAAGAUUAUCUUAAUAUAGUAGAUACAGAUUUUCCAGCAAAACUAGAUAUAAUUGGUGUGCCUGAUUUGACGCUCGAUGAAAAAGCUUCGGUAUCAUAUGGCCUUUUAACAUUUCGUGAAGAAUUUCUCAGUGCUGACACAAGUUUAGAUUCUGCCGAACGACUACAAACAAGAACAAAAGUCAUUGUUGAACAUAUUAUUCAACUUUGGUUUUCAAAAACUGAUUGGUGGGAUAGUAUUUGGUUUGGCAAAUCAUUAUCAUCAUUUCUUGCUUAUAAAAUGAUCGAAGCAAAUUAUCCAGACUUUAAAUUAAUGGAACAAUUUCCCGUUCGAGAAAUCGUUCCAUUAAUGAUGGACGAUUUUAAACCUAAUAUAUGGCCUGUAUCAAAUAAAAAUUUAUCAACUAAUGAACAAAUUCUUGAUUAUUUAUCAAUAAGUAUCUACAGUAAAGGAGCUUCUUUACUUCGUCUACUUGAGCAUAUUGUUGGUGAUGAUGCAUUUCAAUCGGCUGUUAGUCAGGUCGUUUCAAUCAAUGAUACAUCAAAUAUAUUGAACACGUUCUAUUCAAAUUUUGAUUUUAAUGAAGCAUUAAAUACAACCGUAACUGCAGAAGAAUUUCUUCGUUCAUGGCUUGAAGAAAGAAACUAUCCAAUCGUAAAUGUAAAUUUCAUGCCAGGCAAUGAAUCUACAACAGUUAUUUUUCGUCAAACACGUUAUAUUGGCUCGUUUGCAUUAGAUAAUAGUUUAUCGGAUCCAGAUUAUGCUUGGAAAAUUUUUGUGGAAUGUGAUUUAGGUGGUUCAAAUACUGAUGGUAAUUGGAAUUUAACUACUAAUAAUGCUAAAUCAAAGUUAAAAUUUUUGUUUGACACAUCAAGUUAUACCGUUGAGAUGCCCAAUGAAAAUUAUUUAUGGAUCAAAUGUAAUAAAGAUUUUUAUUCAUUUCAAGUUACCGAAUAUUUGUCAGUCGAAGAUAAGAUUCUUGAAAUAUGGCAACAUUUUGAAACAUUAUUUAAUGAAGAUCUGUUAUCAAAUAAUGAUAAAGCUGAUAUACUCAAUAGUGCGCUUAUUCUUCCACACGGUGGUGAAUAUGUUGAUUAUGAUACAACAAUCGCUCUUAUACAAGCAAUGCAUAAUAACCCAGUGCCUUUGUAUACAGCUUGGUCUGUAUUUGUAUGGCAUUGGAAUUAUUUAAUGGGCGUCGAAGAGCAUUCAAGAUAUUUUUGGAAUUUUAAACGAUUUGCAACUGAUACGAUUUUGGCCCUUUACGAAUACAACAUUGAUAAUGUCGUCUCUGUCGGAACAAAUCAUCAAGAAAGAUUACUAAAAUCAAUGUUUUUCGAAUUAUUGUGUCGUGUUCAAAAUACUGAUGCAUUAUACAAAGCUACUGACCUAUUCGGUCUUCUUCCAGAAAGCUAUUUCUUUAAUUCAACUGGUAAUACAAAUGUUUCUCCUGAAUUCUUAUCAACAGUUCUUUAUUAUCAUAUACAAAAUGCAAAUGACAUAGACGAAUGGGAAUAUUUAUGGAAUAAUUUCACUGAAAAUGUAAAUCUAACAGCACAACAACGUACUACAUUUCUACGAGCUCUCUGUUCUGCAAAAGAAAUUUGGCGUCUUAAAUAUUUAUUGGAAACUGCUUCUGAUUUUGACGCUGAUAUAAUAGAAGGACAAGAAUAUUUCAAUAUCAUUAUUGCUAUUAGUCAAAAUCCAAAUGGACGGGAUCUUGCUUGGAAUUUUUAUCGUCAUAAUUAUGAGAUUUUACUCGAUCGAUUUGGUACAUCUAAUCGAUUGUUCAAUCAAUUAAUUACAAAUAUUGCUCAAUCAUUUGAAAAUCAAUAUUAUUACUUUGAGAUGAUUAAUUUUGUCGAUCGAUAUCCAAGUUCGUCACAAAAUCAACAAUUAGCAAUUGACCAAAUUCUAGUAAAUUUUGAAUGGUUCAUCGACGGUUUCGCUGAUACUCUUGAUAAAGCUAUAUCAGCUGUUAACAAGGCUGUCUCAAAGAAAGGAAAUUAA